CUACCUCUUGAAGAAACUUCCAGUCUACUUCCAGUUAUGGUCUAUAUCUAUGGUGGAAUAGGACAAAGUGGCGAACCUACCGAAUAUAAUUUUGAUUUGUUCCUGGAACAAGAUAUUGUUGUUGUUACUCUCAAUUUUCGUUCAGGAGCUCUUGGUUUGUUGUCACGUGCUAUACUACAAAGUGCAAGUCCUAUCGCGCACCUCGGUAUAACAGUGGAUGCCAGGCAUAACGCUUUCGCUGUAGGAAAAGCGUUGGAUCCCAACUUUUCUUUCACGAAUUCUUCAACAGACCUCCUAAGAUUACUUGAAAUGUUUCCCGCUGAAAAAAUCAUGAGGACAGAAAUUGAGGUGCCCCCUCACCUUAGAGGGGAUUUGCCUUAUAAUGUACCAGCCAAUUGGACGAUGACCAUAGAAGACCCCAUAGAGAAGAAUGCUUUUCUAACAGGACCAUUCCAUGAUGAUGUGAAGGAUGGAAACAUAAACAAAGUGCCCAUUCUAAUUGGAAUCACCGAUGAAGAAAUGAUAGGUAUUGAUCUAACACCAGAAAUGGCAGCCUCUGUCGAUAAUAACAUUACUUGUAUCGUUAACUCUAAAGCAAAUAUAAAAGAAGAAAAUAAACUUGCAUUCGCUACCGAGCUCAGAGAUAUAUACACAAAGGUUCCCUUUCAGCAGAAUAUGACGGCGUUUUAUAAGUUCAAUUCCGAUGUAAUUUUUGCUAGUGCCUUGAUUCGUCAUGCGGAUCUUCACUCUAAGCACGCAGAGACCUAUUUCUACCAGUUUUCCUACAAGGGGCAUCUUAAUGGAUUGCUGAAACCGCUAAAGCGACCUCCAGGUCUUGGAAGGAAUGGACAUUGUGAGGAACUACCAUACUUAUACAAAUACAGAUGGGACCCAGAUGUUAUUCCCUCACCAUCCGAUAUACUUACUAGAAAGCGCCUAGCCACAUUGUGGGGAAAUUUCAUCAAAUAUGCGAAUCCUACCCCUAGUCGUGAUCCUGUACUGGAAAAUAAAAUUUGGCCCAAAGUUACACCAAACGAACUGAAUUAUCUGGAUAUCGAUCAUAAUUUGAGUGUGAGAAAAGAUCCAAGAUCAUACAAAGCCUGGAAGCAACGCCUAGAAAAAUAUUUGGAACAUCCAAUAACAACUUAUUGAAACACUAAUUGUAUACCUAGUGAAACAUUUUUUUCCGUAUCGUAAACUGUGUGAAGAAUUUCGCCAUAUGUUUAUUAUCAUCGAUUUUAUGAAGUAUCGUCCAAUUCCAAUUAAAAUACGUCCAUAAGCUGAACAUGAGCACCUGUUUCAUUUUCUAACUUGCAUAGAUAAAAAUUGUUUUAAUUGAUCAGUUAAAAGGUAUAGUGCAUAUGAACAAAAAAAAAUAUCGGUGAAUGAGUGAUUUAUUUUUGAAGCGAAUGUGAAGAAAAUACAGUUCAUGUUCUUA